GUCAGCCAUCUUUUUCUGCCCGCUGCAUGUACAUGCGACAAUUAGUUUCUUUUUGAAUUUCUGAAAUUUCCAAGGAAACUUUCGAAGAUAAAGAUACCGUUUCAACAAUGGAUUCGGCAUGGUCAAAUGAAGAGGGACCUCCUGAUAUGACUUCUGUGAGGAGGAAACGAUUGCCUUCUCAACAGGAUGAAAGAGAACAACAGAACAACCAAGACAGCCUUUUUUCGAGCGAGUCCAGUAAAGAUGAAUUGGAGUUGUCACAAUCCACCCUAGAUGAGUCCACUACUGCGGCCCUUUCUAGGGAUCUUCCAGCUACUCGGACCACAACAAAAGGGACGAUGCUGAUGACACCUGAUAACACUAUCAAAGAUGAUGAUGCAUCAACAAACCAACUGACUACCACAACAGCUGGACUGACAGAAAUUAGUAAAGAAGUGGAAGACCAACAAGACCCUGAGAGCGAAUCCGGGAUAACUGUAGAAACGCCAGAGGCCUUGGGAGGUUUUGUAAAAAAAAUUAAAGGUAGUCGGUUUGAUCAAAUUCGGGGUUGCAUCUUGAAAGACUAUGAGAACCACCAUAAAGUCAUUGAUGGACAAUACUCAGAGGGUGUACAUUACGAAAAAGACAGUGACAAACCGAUAGGGAAGGGAGGCAGUGGAGAAGUUUGGAAGUGUAUAGAUAAAGAAACCAAGUCUGUAUUCUGUGUCAAGGAGAUUCUGUCACGUGAAUUUGAUCCCAAAGAGGUAACGCUGUGGCUUAAAGUCCAAAACCAUGAUGGGUUCUGCAAGCUUCACGGGGCAAUAGAACGAGAUAAAGAAGGCCAUCAGAAGGUUGUGAUCUUGAUGGAAUAUGGAGGGGAGACACUACGGAAAAUCCUACAGAAGGAGGACCUUGGCGUUAUAGAAGGAUGCCUCAAGACUCGCUUUGAAUUAAGGCGAGCAUUGAAAUAUUUCCAGCAACUUUUGUCAGCACUUCAUUUCAUGGAGCAGGAAGGGAUCGUUCACCACGACAUAAAAUCAAACAAUAUACUAAUUUUGGUGGAUGAAAGAACUGAUAUCCUGAAAGUAAUAGAUUUUGGAGAAUCUUCCGAGGGACCAGAGGAAAACUACAGUGACGUCGAGUGUGCAACAUGGGUUUUUAGAGAAAUGCUAACAGGGCAUAAAAUAAAGGACCCAACUCAUACCCAGUCCAGUGGUAUGGGCGGUGAUGCACCUUUCUUUGUACCAGAUUCGCUCUGUCUGACAGAGGAUGUAAAAAACCUGUUUACACAUGGCUGGCAAAAAGAUUCUGAGGGGAAAAAAUUCUCAGCUGGCGACCUUCUGCACAAAACAGAGAAGAUCAUAAAAGAUUUGGAAUGUGCAGCCCAAAACAACACCAUUGUUAGUAUUGAAGAGAGCCAAUCGGACCAGCUGAACUGAACCCCCAUGACGCUUCUUAUUUCCACUACCAAUAACCAAUACCAGAAAUUUAAGGGCCAUUGUGCUGUGGUCAAACCAAAGUCAGUUUCACAUGCUUUAUUGUUGCUUGAGUACCUACCAUAAAAUAAAGUCAAUAAAAGUCACUAAUAAGCGAGA